AUGGAGCACGAGUUUGAGAAAAUGAUAAACAACCCUGUAGCGGAGCCGGUGAAGUCGUGCGCGGCCGGGGCCAGUGAGGAAGUACGAGCCAAGAAUCGAAGCGGCGAUUGUUUGCCUUACGACAGAAACAGGGUUAUAUUGACCCCUCUACCUGGACGAGACUUCUCCACUUAUAUUAACGCAUCAUUUAUAGAAGCAUACGACAAUUCUGAAGGGUUCAUCAUCACACAAGAUCCUCUGCCUACCACGAUAGCGGACUUUUGGCGAAUGGUCUCUGAACACAAUGUCUCUACCAUAGUGAUGCUCAGCGAGAUCGGCGAGGGCAAAUGUCCUCGGUAUUGGGACGACGGUACAACGCAGUACGAUCACAUCGACGUACAAUACGAGGAGAGCGAUUCGUGCCCUUACUACACGCGACGUCAGUUCCGUGUCACCAAUAAUAAGAACGGCGACACGAUAUCAGUACGCCAGUUGCAGUACCAGGGCUGGCCGACGGCUCCGGGCCACGUGCCCGAGGUGACGCGGGGCGUUGCUGAACUAGCGGACGCCGCGCGCUCACAUCACGCCCACGCCCCACCCAUGCUCGUGCAUUGCCACUUGGGCACGGAGCGGUCGGCUUUAUUUGUGGCUCUAUGCAUACUGAUCUGUCAGUUACGCGUAGAACGACGCGUCGAUGUGAACAGCGUGGCGCGUAAAGUGCGCUCACAGCGGGCGAGAACCAUAGACACCUUCGUGAGUAUUAUCUAUACUAGUAUUAUAGAGAGGUUUUGUUUGUAA